AGCACUUACUAUACAGUACAGACAAGUCUUAGAUAAGACGAGAAGGACCCUCCCGUGGGCAGUGGCUCCCUUCAACGUGACUCUGUUUUCAAGGAGCUGUCAGAAAAGACAUCUCAUUCCUCUGGAUAAACUGUGACGAGUUUGUGGACGAAACUAUUGAAUACUUUGAGAUAUUGACGCGAAUGGGACAUGACGAUGGACUCUCCAUCAACACCAUCAGCAGGACCGGCAUCUAACACAGGACUUUCCCGCCUGGGGGGCAUUGAAGACUUGACAUUAAAGAUGGGGCCGUCACGAAGGAACCUCUUCGGGCCCGUGGACCACCAGCAGCUGCAGCAGGACUUCCAGCGGCUGCUCUCGGUUAACCUGGAGGUGGCAAACAAGCGCUGGAACUUCAAUUUCCAGAGCGAUAUGCCGGGAGAGGAGUCCACCAUCCAGUGGGAGUCGCUCAGGUACCAGGAAGUGCCGGUGUUUUACCACGGCUGCACGGUUAGGUCGGUGCCGCAUCCAGUGGGGAAAAGACGGACAUUGUCUUCGUCAAGCGAGGCGUCCCCGGGGUCCAGCAGCUCGUCCGGGUGUGGGGACGAGUAUCUGGAGGUGUCCACAAGGGAGUACUACCGGAUCCAACGGCAAAGAAAACGGAGACAGUCUACCAUCACAGAUUUCUUCAAAGUGAAGAAGACGAAGUUCCUGCAUUACAAAGGUUCUUCUCGGCAGUAGAAACGCACACAUCGAACCAAUGGACGAUCACCUAGUGGUCGACAUCCGUCUACAUUGAUAUGUGUCAUGUCAUAUGUAUAUUUAUGUAGCAAUUUGUGACUGACUGUUCACAAGCUCAUUCAGCGCGGGCUUUAAAACUUCUCUGACAACAUAUACCUUAGAUUUCAGCAAAAGGAAGCUACCAUUUUUAUAGUUCAUCAAGCUCAGACGGUUUUGUAGAUAAUUCUAAAUGUUCUAUGUAUUCUGUAUACUGUUUUCCUCAUCUUUAUACUGUGAAACCUAUUUGAGUGCACUCUAACAACAUAACACAGGCUCUAGUUUUGAGAGGUUAAUUUUCUUCUGAAUGGGCCUUGGAUUUUGACCUCAGUCCUUGACCUUUUUCUCGCUCUUGCUAAAAGUCACAAGAGGUUUUGAUUAGCCGAGUUACUAUUCCUGGCCUCGUGCCACACUUAGCCUUUCAGUCUCACCCCGGGGCUGCGAUAGCACGAGUCGAGCCAGGGGUCAAAACCUCACCCAGGGCUCAAAAUCUGGCAGCCGACUGUGAUUAGCUGCAGGGCAAAGGUCAGAGCUGGAGGUUUAGCUAUGAGCUAAUGCGGCCGUCGCUGUACAACAGUGACUUAAAUAGCUAUUUGAUUAUUUAUUUAUUAUUCGCAAUGCUAAAUUGUAAAAAAAAAAACACCGUAGAAACAAAAAAGUAGACAUGCAAUGUAUUAAAUGAGAUUAGACAAGGUGUUUUUUAAUUAUUUUUUUAAAUAUUUGUUACUUUUAUUGUCAUUACACAGUAGGCCUACAGUACUUACUAUGUAACAAAAUGGUUUCUCUGCAUUUGACCCAUCCUAGUGUUAGGAGUUUGUGGAAUCCUGUGCCAUUAGUGCCCCACAAAGUUAUGAGUUGUUGCCACUUACUAAUACUGGCCGUUUAUAUUUAAAACCAUCACAACAAAACAUAAUAACUGCUAAUCAUAUUAGCUUUCUGCUUUGCAUUGUUGCAUAAUGGGCUGGUCAAAUCUUAUGGCAGCAGACCAAAACAUACCUAUAACUGAUUGUGUACGAGUGUUUCGGUUUGGUGUGAAUCUUGAGGUUUGUAGCAGCUGAGGCAGAUAAAACCAAAGACGAAUUGCUGUGCCAUUAAAUUAGAAACAUUUAUACAGGUCGCUCAUCGGUCAUAGAGGGUCUCAAACAAGUCCUGGGCUUUAAAUGAGAUGUGUUCCUACAGUCGUUUUAAUUUGUUAAUGGAAAACAAGCCAUAAUCAGGAUUAAUCCAUUCCUACUACCUCAUGAAUUCAGUGAAACAAACAAAUGUCAUUUAAAUGAAAGAAAACUAAACCAAUGCAGCUCGGGGUUGUUUUCGUCUGCAGGCGAAAGAGAGACAGAAACCAGGGGGGGGGUCUAUUAUUUUGUUGUGGUAAAAGCUGUCGAGGUUCAGCGCUCAGUGUAGGGUUUCACAUCAUGUAAAAGAGUCAGUGUGUCAGAGAGGGGCCCCGCUCUGAGCUGAGGAAACUAGGGUCCCUCAGGAGGAGGAGGGUGGGAGGAGGCAGCUAUUGUUGUCUCUCCCUUCCUUUGCUCCCACAUAAAUAAAGCAGAGGACUAUUCAAGGGGGGGAAAGGGACAAGCUUUAAUAAGGGAACCUUCACCAGAAAGUGUUCAGACCCCUUCAUGGAUCGAGGGAUUCCCCCAGCCAGUCAAGUGGGCGCGACUCACACACUCUUUUGUUUAUCUCAGUCCUCCGUCAGGAAUCAACCCCCUCAGUCGGCCAAAGACUGUCAUUAAAGCAGUUGCUCAUAAAUCUGUUACUCCUAUAAGGCGCUGUUCCCCAGAUCUAAAGAUAGCAAACAUGGCUUUUUGAAAUGAUUUGAUAAUUUACAGGAUUUCUUUGUCAAUGUAUCGGUGUGUUUGUGUGUGUAAGAGAAUGUGUGCACCAGACGGAACUUUAAAAAAUCUAUAUUAACUUAUGAGUUAUGUUUGCGGUAUAACUAAUUGUGUCUUCCGGACCUAUAUAUUUGCACUACUUUAAAACAUUGUUGACAAGUUCAUUUAAAAAAGGAAAACAACUUGUCCCUGAGACUGAGAACAGGUUGUACAUUUUGUUUUAACAGUUUUUCACAUUGAGAAUAGUUGGCAGCAUUGUUGGUGUUUCUUAAGUCUGUUUGGUGGGAAAACUCAAUUAAAAAACCUGAUUCGAUAAAGUGUCAAGAUUGAUCAGUGUCUCGUUGUGCCCAAGAAAACUUCCCUUUUCAAAAUCACGUGACGCAGCUAUAUCGAAGUGUAGCCUUAUUUGUUUUUGUAUAUGAAUGAAUGUAUGAUAAUCCAACUUUUGUAAUCAUUGUAUUAUAUUUUAAUGCUGGUUUUUGCUCCCUUUCAACAUGUAAGAAGUGUAUUUGUGUAGGAUCAUAUCCUUUUUGAUAAUAAUUGUAAAGAUGUAUUGCUGGCUUGUUGGUGCUUUGUAAAAUGCCUUUAAAAUGUGUCGAUUUGAUAUAGCGUGCUCUAAAUAAUAAAAUGAAUGAAUGAGAUUCAUAUAAACUACAAAAA